AUGGUGAAUCCAAAGGCAAAGAAGAAAGUCCGGACUUCCUUCGGGGCCACAGCACCACCCAUCAUUGACUAUCUGAAAGAUAUUCUACGGCGAUAUCCAGAUGGUGGACAAAUUUUGAAGGAGCUGAUUCAAAAUGCAGAUGAUGCUCGAUCCACAGAAGUGGUUUUCAUCCAUGAUGAGCGAAGCUAUGGGACUGAAAGCCUUUGGACUGAAGAACUGGAGACAUACCAAGGUCCUGCUCUCUAUGCCUACAACAAUGCCGCAUUCACUGAUGAAGACUGGCAAGGAAUUCAGAUGGCUGGAAGGAGUGUCAAGCGUGAUGACCCAAACAGAGUGGGCAUGGGAAGGUUUGGAAUUGGCUUCAACUCCGUUUACCACAUAACAGAUGUGCCAAGUAUAUUCAGUUCAGGCCACCUUGGCAUGAUGGAUCCCCAAGAAAAAAUAUUUGGAGAGAGAAAAAAAGGGUUUCGGUGGUCAUUGGAUAAUGCUGAAGACCAAGAAGUUCUGUUGAAUAUGAGUGAUCAGUUCCAACCAUUUAGAGAUAUAGUCUCACUUGUAUGUGAACAUGGAUGGUCAAAAGUUGUCAUGGAGGAUCAACACUUCAGUGGGACAAUUUUUAGAUUUCCUUUACGCAAUGAAGCAUCAGAGAUUUCUGAUAAUCUGUAUGACUCAGAUAAAGUGGUUGAGCUUUUUGAUAGCUUCAUUGCAGAUGCAGAUUUGAGCCUCCUCUUCUUGAAAAAUGUCACCUCCGUGUCCUUGUUACAUAUUAGUGAAGAUGGAGCUGUUAACACCAGACUUGAAGUGAAAUCCUCAGUCCCCACAGAUGGUGUUUUAGAGCCAGAAGAGGAGUCAGUCACUGAGGGUCUAACAAGGUUCAAAGUUAUAACUGUGAGUUCAGAAGACCAAAAAGAGACAAAGUGGCUUCUGACAACAUGUACCAUGAAGGAGGACGUUGCAGAAGAUCUUGAUUUACUUGCAAAGAAGUUGAGCUUUUUACCUCAAGUUGACCUGGCAUUCCCCUGUGGUGAGAAGAGAGACUGUAGCCAGAGCAGACUGAGCUGCUUUCUCCCCCUUCCAAACAAUGAAUCCAAUAAGACAGGACUCCCAGUUUAUGUCAAUGCAUGCUUUGGCCUCACAGACAAUAGAAGACACAUCAAAUGGCAAGAGGAAGACCAGAGACAUGAUGAACAUGCAUUGUGGAAUGAAAUGCUGAUGAAGAAGGUGUUUCCACAAGCAUACAUCAAGAUCAUUCAAGAUGCCAUUAAACUUGCCCAAAAAUCUAUCCUCCCUGUUUCCUCUGUGUACAAUCUGUGGCCAGAUCUCACUCAGAUACAACACAAAGAAAAAUGGCAUGCUCUCACUCUGGAUGUUUUUCAUCACUUAUUCAGACAGAACGUGGCCAUCCUCUCUCUUGCUAAAGAUGAAAGACAGUUUAUCUCUCCAUCAGAAGCUGUUUUCCCCUGCAAUGGCCCAACAAGCACCAACAUAUUGUCUGCCAUUAAAAGGGCUUUAGUGUCAUGUGGAGAAAAUCUUGUCACUUUACCAGCUAGUGUUGCAAGGGCUAUAAAUGAGGCCUACCCAAACCCUACUACCCUAAAACAUGUGACUCCAGCAUUCCUCAGGGCCAUUCUCCACAGGACCGGUGUGGAUAACAUCACCAAUGACGACAAACUCAGUCUUUUGGAGUACAUUUUGGGUGAUGAACAAUACAAAGAACUUGAGGGUCUUCACCUCCUUCCACUCAGUGAUGGCUCUUUCAGAGCGUUCACAUACAAAGAGGAAGACACUGCUUUGAUUGACAGCCAUGAAUUUCCGAGAGUCUUGCUGCCAUUCUGUAAACACUUCUUCAUCCCACAUGAUCUGACUCCAGCCUGCAGUGCCCAUCUGAAAGAACUGGCCAGAAGAAAUUUCUUCAAGGUCACCAACAUUGAUGCAUCCCAUGUGGCUGAAUAUGCAAGACGAUAUUUGCCACCAGACUGGAAGCAGACAGGGAAGAACCUUGUUACAUGGGACAACAACAACAGUCAGCAUCCACCUUCAGACUGGUUCCAAGAAUUCUGGAGGUUUCUCAACAGUCAUUUUAACGACUUAAGUCCUUUCACUGACAUACCUCUAAUACCAGUUAGUCCUCUGUCUUGCAGUGAGACUGUAUCAGUAGCAAAACUACAGCAGAGCACAACUCUGAUCUUUCAGAAAAGUAAACAGCUGUGUUUGCCAGACCAAAUAGCUCAGCUGGUGAACAAAGUUGGUGGCACAGUGGUGAGAGGAAAUGAGUGGCUCAAGCAUGAAGACCUUGACUCGUACGUGCUGUGCCCAUCUCCAAGGAGUGUUUUGAAAGUCCUGAUGAAUUUAGAUUUCCAGCAUCUUGUCACAGAACUCACAUCUGCCUCUCACACAGCACGCAAUGAACUAAAAGAUUAUCUCUCUUAUCUGGAUUCUCUCUCAAAAACAGAGAAAGAUUUUCUGUUGAAGUUGCCUUUGUUUCAAACCAUGAAAGGAAAGGAAAGUGUUGCAGCUCAAUCAAAACAAGCUGUGCUUCUGAUCUCAGGCCUAACAGUACCAACAGAGCUCCCUAUGCCUGAUUCCAUAAUCCAGUGUUCUACUGAGACUGACCGCAGACUGUUACAGCUGCUCAAAGUUCAUCUCUUGGACACCACCGAAGCAGCCAAUGUUCUUGUUGACAGCAUAAGCAAAGGCGCUUGUAGCAGUGAAGACAUUAAUAAGAUAAUGACUUGGAUUUUACAGCAUGGUAAGGUGCUUUUCUCACAAAACGAAUCCCUGAAAUGUAGCUGUAAGGACUUGAGCUUCAUUGAAAUGAAUGGACAGCUGAAAAAAGCAUCUGACUUUUUUGAUCCAAGAAUUCAGACUUUUAAAGUCAUCUUUGAGUCAGACUUCUUUCCACCGCCUUCAUACACUCAUUCACUGCAGAUGCUGGAAAGCUUAACAGAAAUCGGAUUACUGAAUAAAGAGAAAGAUGUCUCACCUGAACAUUUGCUACAUGCUGCCACGCUGACUGACAAACUGUGUGUGAACUCACAAACUGAGGCUCUAAGAAGAGCUCAGGUUCUGUUGGGAAUGUUGGAAAGUAAUGAUUUACUGUCAAAGUUUUCUCACAAACAGCUUCAUUGCCUCAAAAUGUUAAAAUGGAUCCCAUGUGAACAACUUGGAAGUGAAAAACAAUUCAGUGAUAAAUCUCAGAAGUAUUGUUUGUUUUGCCCAAAUGAAAUAAGACAUUCUGUGUAUAAGGACAUUGUUGGACAUGUAAUGCCUCUGGUAGGGAAGCUCAGUGACAGAGUUAGCAACAGACUUGGUCUCAAAGACCUACCACCACCUGAAAAAGUGAUUGAGAAUCUGUCAGUCUUGAAAUCAAAAGCACUGGAAAUGGCUAAUCCUGACACAGAUGUAGACUUCAAAACACAGCUGCACAGCAUUUACAAACACAUGCAAGACAAUGUCUCUGUAUUUGUUACAAUGAUGGGCAAUGAGACAUGCUGGCUAUGGACUCACAACCAGUUUGUUGCACCCCAGGAUCUGGUUCUUGAAUACCCAAAUAAUCUAGAUCUGAGUUCUUACAUUGGGAAGGUGCCAGGUGAAUUUUUGCCAUACAGAACAUUGUUCCAGAAGUUUGGCCUGAGAAAAGUACUUUCCAGUGAAGACAUUUUGGGCAUUCUGUACUCCAUCCAGGAAACAAUUGAAGCAAGACAACCGCCAUUUGCAAGUUCCUCUGAGGUCAAAGUGUCAAUAGAAAUUCUCAACUGGCUCUGGAAAGAGAAGAAGACAGUUCAGGAUGACAUCCCAGUGCCAGUUAUUGCUGAGGGAGGAAAAUUUACCCUUAAACCACGAUCAACAACUCUUUUCUGUGAUGUAAGCGAAAAUGGACUAAAAGAACUAAACUGCAGAGAAGAGGAAAUUUAUGUCAUACAUGAGGAAAUCCCAAAAGCAGCGGCUGAAUGGCUGGAAAUUUGUUUUCUCAGUACCCACAUCCUUGAUCCAGAGGAGAUAGGAAUAGAGCAGUGUGGACAAUCUGAACCAAUAACAAUGAGGAUAAAAAACAUUCUUAAAGAGUAUGAUGAAGACAGUGACAUUUUCAAAGAGCUCAUCCAGAAUGCAGAGGAUGCUGGGGCAGAUGUUUGCAAGUUCUUGGUGGAUUUCAGAGUACACAGAGAUGCCCCUGAAAGCCUGAUUGACCCUGACAUGGCUCUUUGUCAGGGACCUUGUCUUUGGGCUUUUAAUAAUGAGCAGUUCACAGCAGAGGAUUGGAAAAAUAUUGUCAGAGUUGGCUCAGCCUCGAAGGAAAACAAAGUGGAAAAAAUAGGAAAGUUUGGACUUGGAUUCAACACUGUGUAUCAUGUGACAGAUGUCCCCUCCAUCCUUAGUGGCAACACUCUUCUCAUACUUGAUCCCAAUGUUACUCAUCUCACAAAGCAUAUCAAACAUAAAUCAAAUCCUGGAAUCAAGCUGGAUCUCUCUCAACAGCGACUCUUUCAUUGUUUUCCUGAUCAGUUUGGAUCAUAUGAAAACAUUUUUGAGUGUAAUUUUACCAGAAAAAGUCCUCCUGAUCCCUAUCCAGGAACUCUGAUCAAACUACCUUUCCGAAGUGAAGAAGAGGCGGUCAAAUCAGAAAUAAGCACAAAAGUGUAUCAAAAACACAAUAUCCUUGAUUUUCAACAUCACUUUUCUAAGAAUUCACAAACCCAUCUGCUUUUUUUAAAGAACAUCAUUACAUUAUCCCUCCAAAAUAUCCCACACAAUGGAUCGACUCCAACAAGAGAUAAUGAAAUAGACACCAUCUUCUCUGUGUCCAAAACCACUGUGAGUGCAAUGGAGAUUCCUGAUGACACCAGUGUGUCCAAGCAACGUGAAGCUGAGAAAUCACUGAUGAAAGUUGAUGGUAAAUGCAAAGGACUAAUUGAAUCUUGCACAGUCAGAAUUAUCCAAAUAUCCAGUCAGCAGUCUAACGAAACUAAACUUCAGUUCUGGCUCCUGUACAACUGCUUUGGGACAGAUGAGUCCUUUAAAAUGGCCAUUCACAUAAACAAGCAGGCCAGUUUCUCUUUGCCCAUUGGAGGGAUCGCUGUGCCCUUGCAAAAUGAUCCAGAAACUGGAAAAUUCACCACAUUACGAACAGAUCUUGUUGGACAGGCCUUUUGCUUCCUUCCUCUUCCCAUUCACACAGGUCUUCCUGUCAAUGUAAAUGGCACAUUUGCGGUGACAAGCAACCGAAAAGCUCUGUGGGAAACUGGAGUGAAAAAUGACUGGAACAAAGCUCUCCUUCAGGAUCCAGUAGUGACAGCAUAUGUUACUGUACUCAAGGCACUAAAGAAAAUGUCAGAAAAUAAACAGCUGGUGAGUUACUGUUAUCACAGUUUUUGGCCUGAGAGAGAGAAAGUGACUGAAACUUUCAAGCCUUUAGUGGAUGCACUUUACUCAACUAUUGUUGAUGAAUCUGUUGGUCCAGAGCUCUUUAGUGAUGGAGAACAAUGGUUCUCAAUGAACAGUGCCAUAUUUCUACAUGAGAGCAUUGAAAAUGAUGAAAAGAUUGGUGACCUUGCAGUUCAAGUUUGCCAGAAAUAUGCAAAAGGACCCAAUCAUGUUGUUCCUCUUCCACUGUGGCUGAGAAACAGCUUCAAACAGGCUGGCCUUGAAAAGGUUUUACAAAACAGGACCUGGAACUGGGAGAAGUUCUACAGAGAAGCAGUGUUCAGUAACCUAACUACAAUGGACUCGAAGAGUAGAGAUACCCUUGUGCUGCAUGCUAUUGACCUUCAUAUCAAAGAAAUUGACAGUCUGCUGCUCUGCUAUGCAUGCAUACCCACAAAGGGUGGACAGCUCCAACAUGUCAGGAAACUUGUGAAUCCUACAGGGAAAGUGGCCUGUCUUUUUGAACCCAAAGAGGGACGCUUGCUUGAUGGAUCCGAAAAUGACUUCAGAUCUGCAAAAAGGAUUCAGCGUUUGUUGGAACUCGGUAUGGCAAAUGAUCAUCUCCCAUUGGAAGACAUCACAGAGAAAGCGGGCACAAUUAAUAAAACCUGGAGCAUUGACAAAACAAAAGCAUUUGUGCACUUGAAGUGCCUUUUUGAACUGAUGAAGAAUCACAUUUAUGAUAAAGACUCUCACCACUGGAAAACACUGAGGACAACUGUAUUUCUUCCAGCAUUUUCCCCUGGUGAUGCAAAAAUGGAAGGAAAUGUAACACUUAAAAGGCCCACUGAUGUUUUUAGUAACAAAUGCUCCCUUCUCGUUAACAUGACACAACCAGUGCUGGAUAAUAGUAAUUUGAAAAUACACCACAGUGAUCCAGUCCUAAAGAUCUUGGGUGUGAACAGCACUCCAAAGCCAGAGGUGGUGCUCCAGCAGCUGCAUGAAGAAAGCAAACAAGCACACUCCAUUGACAGAUCCAUGCUUUACAAAAUUGCAUUUGAGUGUUAUAAGUGUCUGGAUCAGUGGAUCUGUGACUCUGGAAAUGCCACUUACAUUUCACAACAAGCGAGUUCAUUUCCAUUCAUCCUCAUUGGCGAUACAUUUGUGAAUGUUGACCGUGUAGCUGAGAACGGGCAAUUUGAAGCAAAGCCCUAUCUCCACGUACUUCCAGCUGCCUUCACAAGCUUCAGGAACCUCUGGACAUGUAUAGGUGUUGCAAAUCAAUUCACGAUCACUCAGCUUCUAACUGUGUUGCGGGAAUUAAAAGUUCAACAUGGAAACCAGCCCCUACCAAAGAGUGAUCUCUCAGUUGUCUUCACAAUUUUAAACAAAGGAAUAUUUGAGGCCAAAGUCAAAAUCACGGAUGACUGUCUGAUACCCAAUGAGCAUGGAGUUUUGCAGUUUGCUAGUGAGCUAUUUUACAAUGACAGCCCGUGGAUGCCACUCACUUCAGGUGUCACAUUAUGUCACGAGAAUAUCCCACGAGCUAUGGCUCGCCACCUUGGAAUCAAAACAACAAGGCAUCAUUCUCUGGAAACCCACAUAGUUGAUGACAUGUCACCAUUAGCUUUUGACUUUGAACAGAGGGAAGAACUCACUGUUCGUAUUAAAAACAUAAUUUCAGCCUAUCCAUCAAAGAAGGAUAUCCUUAAAGAGCUCAUCCAAAAUGCUGAUGAUGCAGAAGCAACAGAAAUUCACUUCAUCUGGGACAAAAGACAACAUGGGAAAGAAAAAACAUUUGGGGAGAAAUGGAACAAUCUCCAGGGUCCAGCACUUUGUGUGUUCAACAACAAAGUGUUUUCUGAUGCUGACAUUAAGGGAAUUCAACAGCUGGGAGAGGGAGGAAAGCACAACACCCCAGGGAAGAUAGGGAAGUAUGGAGUUGGAUUCAACUCUGUUUACCAUCUGACUGACUGUCCUUCGAUCCUUACAGGAGAUGAAGUACUUUGCAUUUCUGACCCCAAUCAAAAAUACAUUGAAAAUCACUCAAAUAAACCACGAUAUGGCAUUGGCUAUAAACUAGCUGACACUUUCAAAGAAAUGUACGUAGAUGUCUACAAAUCCUUUCUUCCAGACAUUUUUCCUCUUAAAGAGGGCACCAUGUUCAGAUUACCUCUGAAGAUGGAUACCAAUGAAAAUACCUCCAAAAUAUCACAGCAAAUAGUCACUGACCACGACAUGAAAGAACUGUGCUCUGCCCUGACUAAAGAUCCUGAAGGACUAAUUCUCUUUCUGAAAAACAUCUGCAAAAUCAAAGUCCAUGAAAUCAAUAAAGAUUCAGGAGGACUUAAAACCAUCUUUGAGGUUGAAAAAAAUCUGCCACAGAAAAGUCGGGAUGAGAAAGAAGCUUUUGUAAAACAUUUACAAAAUGCACUGCAAUCAGACAAAACAGCAACACCGCACAAGACUUUCUAUGAAACUGUGAUUUCCACCUCAGAUAAAAGACAAAGUAAGUGGAUUGUUGCAGAACAGUUUGGCUCCUUCAAAGACGGCUUUGAAUUAAAACUAUCAGACAAACUUCCCCAAGCAUCAUUAGCUGCACGUGUGAACACAAAAGGGUCCAGCGUCAUGGAUUUUAAAGGAGAAGCCUUUUGUUCACUUCCUUUGCCAGGGAAAACUGGACUGCCAGUACAUGUAAAUGGAAACUUUGAGGUUGAUUCUGCCAGGACAAGCCUUUGGAAAGAAGAUGGGGAGAGUAAGAAAUCAACCUGGAAUGAGACUUUAAAACAGAACGUCAUUGCUCCACUGUAUGCAGAUCUCCUGCAUUAUAUUAGGUGUAGCAUUGCAGUCAAGAAAGUUUCCCUUGCAAGUACUGACUCAUGUUUCAGUACAGAAUACUUGUGUUUUUGGCCAACUGUGUCCGAGGAUGCUUGCCCAGACUGGCAUGAAAUGAUACAUGAAGUAUACAGAUCACUGAAAGAAAAAGGCCUUGAGGUAAUCCCUGUGAUGAAGAGCUCAACACGGAAAAUUGCAGAUAGAAAAAUUAAAGAAUACUCAUUUGAAUGGUGUAAUGUCAGUGAAACAGACUCACUUGAGGCCCCUUAUCUUACAAACCUGACAAACUACAAGCUGAUGCCCAUCUUGGAAGAUCUUGGAAUGAAGCUGGUUCCUUAUUCCACAAACAUGCAGAGGAUUUGGAAAAGUUUCACAGAUGCUGGUGUUCAUGUGAAAGAGGUCAGUCCCUCCACUGUGCAGACUUUUCUACGAGCAAAACCUCUCAAUGAUCCAACCCAAACAGAUGAGGAUUUGCCUUUACCCAUAAGUGCCACUUUGAUCAAAGAUGAGAAAAGAUGUUUAGAGCUCUUGAGUUUUUGUUUAAAAGAUUUCUCCUCAGAAAAGGUCACCCAGGACAAUGCCAGUUUGCUCGAACGGCUUCCGCUUCUUCUCACAAAAGAUAAAGUAUUGACAGUUUUCAACUCCCAGUCACCCAAGUGGAUAUCAGGAUAUGAAAAUCUCUUUUUUCACUACGAAGACAAAUUUGCAGACUAUCAGACAAACAAAGACCACAUUGAACUUCUUCAAAGUUUUGGAAUCAUCCAAAAAAUGACAUUGCCCUGCUCGGAGAAAUAUCUGAAAACAUUAAUUCAGCAUCUUCUUGAGAACUGUGAAGAUGAUCCACACAGUGGUCUUCAUGUCCCAAAUGACGAAAUGAUAAAGUGGCUGAAAUUACUUUGGAGGUUCGUAAUGAGUGAAAUUAAAGCACCAACAUCUAGAGAUGACGGGUCAAUUCUGACACUACGUGAUGUGAGGAAACUCUUCAGCGACUGCUAUAUUUUACCUGUUGUGUGUCCAAGGUUGAACAACAAGCACUUCCUGCAAACAAUGAAACACAUGUCAAGUGUUGUGUUUGCCUCACAGAAACACAAAGACAUAUCAGGCAUCCUCUUUAAACUUUAA